UGCCAGCCAAUCAACAACAGUCUCAUCCAGUGACGUCAUCCACGUACGCCCCUAAGCCCGCCUUUCCCAACUCUUAGAUUAGAUGGUCUUGUCUAAUGGACAAACUGUAAUAAGGCACUUCCUUCAGGAUGAACACACUCAUUGUCAGCACCAGGAUCCAGUCUUAAAACAUUGGCAAGACCUCAGAGCCACCUCUUGUUCAUCCUUUCAAUCAUCAGCUUCUCCAACAAAGCCUGCGAGAUAAAUGGCGACUCUGCUCCUGCCGGCGCCGUCACACUUUGGUUUUAACCUCGGGACAGACUUCUCUCCUGCACCGAGGGCCGCUCUGGAGGAUUGUGCCUGAGCGCGGCGGGAGGGGCGCGGCGGGAGCUCGGAGGCGGGGAGCACAGAGCGGAACCUCUUCGGCCAAUCGGCGUGCACACCGCCUGACAACCAGCCAAUCAGCGGGAGCAGAGCUAGGGGGGCCGAGCGGAUAAUACUAGGAAAGAGAGCGGAGGCCGGCGACUGCAGCGAGGGGCGCUGCGCUGCACGCUGUAGCGUGCGCCCGCCGGCUCUAGGAACCUGAGGUCAGAACCUGGUGAAGGCGGCCCAACCUUCCCGUCCAGCUAGGGCCAGAGGAAGCCAAAAGCAGCCUCUGCGAGGUGAAGCGCUCCGGACUGCUGAGGACAGAUCAGAACUUUGCAGAUUCCAGGAUGUGGUGUGGGAUGAGGUCCCUGAGGAUUUGACUCACCUCUCCACCCCCUUUCUCCUCCACUCCUCAUCCACUGGGCUCCGAGCCUUCAGCUGUCAGACCCCAAUUUCGUGGCAGGGUGUGGCGACCCUGAUUUCUGUUUGCAAGCACAGCCAGCAGCCCAAGAGCAAGGUCCCAAGGCUGGAUAUUUUUUGCCUUGGCUGCUUAGCCUGGGCCUCAGAGUCUUGAGAGCAGACGACUGAGAGUAGGCCAGGGCGAAGCCUUGUGCGCCAUGGCGGAGGGGCAGAAGGGUCCCGCCACGGACUGGGAGAUCGAUGUGGAGAGCCUAGAGCUGGAGGAGGACAGCAGCGGGUUAGCGCUGCCUGCGCCGCCCGGAACCACCCAGCCGCCGGCCGACGGGGACGGCGAGGACGACGAGGACGCAGAAGACGAGGACGACGAGGACGCAGAGGACGAAGGCGAUGGCGAGGAGGCGGGCGCGUUCCCGGAGGUGCCAGGCCGGCUGGAGGAGCAGGGGGCAUUGGCGCCGAGGCCGCCUCCAGCGCCCCAGGCCUCGCAGGCGCGGGCAGGGCCCCCGGAGCGCGGUGCUAACGCUGUCUGCGGCUCGGAGCCGCGCAAGCUGAGCCGCACGCCCAAGUGCGCGCGCUGCCGCAACCACGGCGUGGUGUCCUGCCUCAAGGGCCACAAGCGCUUCUGCCGCUGGCGUGACUGCCAGUGCGCCAACUGCCUGCUGGUGGUGGAGCGGCAGCGCGUCAUGGCCGCCCAGGUGGCGCUCCGCAGGCAGCAGGCCACCGAGGACAAGAAGGGGCUUUCUGGGAAACAGAAUAAUUUCGAGAGGAAAGCUGUGUAUCAGAGACAAGUCAGGGCACCCAGUUUGCUGGCCAAAAGCAUUUUAGAAGUUCUCCUUGGAUUAUUCUACACCUGUAACAAUGUGUACAUAAUGAACCAUCUUUAGAAAAUAAAAGUGACAUCAGCUCUAGGCUACCGCCCCAUUCCAGCGGAAACUUAUGUGGGAGGGAAUUUACCUCUACCUCCUCCAGUAAGUGACCGGAUGAGGAAAAGGCGGGCCUUUGCUGAUAAAGAGUUGGAGAACAUUAUGCUGGAGAGAGAAUAUAAAGAGAGGGAGAUGUUGGAAGCUUCUCAAGCUGCUGCCUUGUUCCUGCCCAACCGCAUGGGACAUGGUCCUGAGUACAACUCCUACAAAAGCGCCUACAGCCCCACUCCGGUGGACCCACCAAGCAAAGACUUCUGCAAUUUUUUGCCCACCUGCCUUGAUCUAACCAUGCAGUAUUCAGGGUCCGGGAAUAUGGAACUCAUUUCUUCCAACGUCAGUGUGGCCACAACUUACAGGCAGUAUCCACUGUCCUCGAGAUUUUUUGUUUGGCCCAAGUGUGGCCCCAUUAGUGAUACCCUCCUCUACCAGCAGUGCCUGCUAAAUGCUACCACAUCAGUUCAGACCCUGAAGCCUGGGUCCAGCUGGGACUUAAAGGGAGCACGACUCCAGGAGGGACUCGGAGCAGAUCAUGAUAUGAUGCCACUGAAAUUGGAAGGCUCUCUGGUGCUGCCUCACACUCCUGAGGGCCAGACCUUGAGAAAUGACCUUCAGGGUCACCAGACCGGCUCGGAGAGGUCUGCGUUCUCCCCACCCCGACGGAAUUUCUCGCCCAUUGUUGACACGGACUCCCUGGCAGCUCAAGGGCACGUCUUAACCAAGAUCAGCAAAGAAAGCACCAGGCACCCUCUGCCACUUAAACAUAAUCCAUUCCACUCAUUAUUCCAGCAAACUCUUCAUGACAAAUCAAGUCCUGAGUUGAAAACAUCAUCUGUCAAAGAGGCCUUUGAAGAGGCCCCUAAAAAACCCAGAGAGUGUUUAGUUAGGGAGAAUCAGAAGUACACGUUUACAAUAGAUAGAUGUGCAAAAGACCUUCUCGUAGCCAAACAAGUUGGAACAAAACUCUCAGUGAAUGAACCGCUGUCAUUUUCUGUUGAGUCUAUUCUUAAGAGGCCUUCGUCUGCCAUUACUCAUGUCUCUCAGUGAAAGGCUGCUUACAUGGAAAGCUGGAUUUUCUGCAGCCUCAGAGGAUUCUUACAAGUCACUAAUUUUUUUUUUUAAAGUUAAGAUGCUUGUAUAAAGAAAUUUCUAAUGGAAAUGAUGAUGAUUUAAAAAAAUUAUAUGUUCGUAUGCAUGUAGUUUCCCUUGCCACAUAAAUAUAUUUAAACCUAAAGAUGAAAAUGGCUUACAUGCAAAUUGUAAAGUUUUAGGCUUUACAUAGCAUUUCAAAAAGCAAUAAAAUUGACACUGUUUUCUAAUAGACCUAGAAUUUGCUGAAGUAAAUAGUUUCUCUGUCGAGGUGAAAAAGCUAGUGUCUGUGAAAUGUGUUCUUUAUUUUUCUAUGAUUCUGUGUCUUUUCAUAUGCUCUUAAUUGUUGCUGGGGGCCACAGGAGAACUCAUCAGGUCUUAGUUGUGCACUUUGGAGGUUUAGAUUUAGCUAUUUGAGACUGAGGCAAAAAUAGCUCUAAGGAGAACAUAGGGAAGAUUUUAAUAUUCAUAGAAUCCUCAUUUCAUGUGAUUGGACAAAGUUGAAUUAAUUCAAAGAGGAAUCAAGUUUAGUAUUUAUGUGAUAACAUGGGUUCUUGGAAUGGAUUUCUUAACUCCCUAGAUCCCAGUUUCCUUCCCUGAUGGGGAUGUGUAUGUGGGGCCUCAGUCUUCCUUUCUAGAUUAAAAAUUCAUUCUGUGAUUUUCAGAUUACUCAGUGCUUCAGAGCAGGUUCCUUGUAAGGUGCAGUCAGAUCAAACUCUAUACUGGUAUGCGGUUGAACCCUCUCUCAGCUCUGUGUUACUUUGCCAUUUCCUGGGGACUGGUGACAGCGGGCAUUUAGCAGUAGGUCCAGUCACGACUCUCUUUACAUAGCAUUUCAAAAGCAAAAAGCUGGUCCAGGAAUUUCAGCUUUAUGUGUCCCACAUUUUCAUCACUGUCUCAGGUUUUGAGUGUAGCUCUCUUCUGAGAUAAGAAAGUUUACUAUUCAUAUUGCUUCAGCAAACAGUUGCUGAAGCCUGCAGAUGUUUAUCACAGCCUAAGGGUGGCCUCUUGCUUCUUAAAACUUUCCCUGUGUUUUAAAGUUUAUUAUUACCCUCUUGUUUUACUCAAAAUGUUAGCUGUUGUUCUAUAUGAAUGAUAAACUGAGAGUGAAACAUUUAUUAAAUAUGAAAUUUGUCCUUGAAGACCUCACCUGUAGACCCCAAAUCAAAUUCUGAGAUGUUAUAGUCAUUUCAACCUGGAAAAUCAAGAGUCAAGUAUCCCACAUGUAAUUUUGCCACGGAGUGAGGCUUUACUUCCAACUCUGCUCUGAUUUGGAUAACAAGAACACCAGGUGGGCAUGUUGAAUGGACUAUAGUAUUCAGCGUUUAAAGAGUUUCUGCUCUGGAAGACAUUAAAAAUUAUUUUAAAGUGAUUUUUUGCUACUGAUGAGCUCAUAUAAGCCUCAAGGGGUUCUCUGAAUUGUUGCUCAAAAUUAGCAUCAGUUUCACAAACAAUAAGCCAAACCUUAGAUUGAUUUUCAGUUUGUACUUGUAAAAUAAUACUUGAUUUUGUUGAGUCAAAUUUACUUAUUUUACUAUUGCAAAUGCCGGAGGGAAUGGAAUUUCGCCAGAGAAAAAGAAAAUGAAAGUGGGCAGAGAUCCCAAUAACUGUUGAAGAUUAUCACUAAGUGGAAAAAUGUUUUUCAGCCAUGAAGCCCUAGUGUCAGAAACAGAAUUGUACUGUGGUGGCUGUUCUACUCCAAACAGCCCUAGUUGUCUUUUUUUUUUUUAAUCUAUACAGUUAUUAAUUUUUAUCUUCCCAUCAGGAAUUUUUUUUUUGAGUGUGUGUUAAGUGUAAACUUAGUGUUGAAACUAACUGCUGCAGAAGUAACAGCAAAUCCCAUUAGAAUAAACCCACAUUGAAAAAAAAUCUCACUCGGAAAGACAUCUCAAUCCAAACAUGGAUUUAAAAAAUUUUUUCUUACUCUGUUUUAGCAUUUGGAAUACAUAUAUUUGUCAAAUUUUUUACCCUUUGUGUUCACUGAACAUUUGGGAAUAUCUUUUCUGUCUUCUCUGUAUAUCAUUUUAAUCUCAUUAAGUGAAUCCAAUUGGCUGUGGGUAUUAGUGGUUUUUCUCACAUUACCAGUGACCAGAAUUUUAUUGUUCGUAAACAUUUAUGAGAGUGAGUACUUUCCUUGGUGAAUUUAUUAUUAUACCAUACAUUAGUUCUGCUGUAAUGAUGAGUUCUUCUUGGAAUUUCAAACCUACCAAUUCUACCAUCAACCAAUCGGUGAGGACUUUGUGCUUGGCUCUUUACUUCUUUUCAUCAUUUCACUUCCAUAAAAGCUGCUAUUUGGCUAUAUACAGUCUUCAAAGAAUGCUAUCAUUGACAUAUUGAAUUAAAAUUGUGGUUUAAGCAUUUUUUUAAUGUUCAAGGCAAUGAAUGGGAUUUGGCUUUAAUCAUUUUUAAGAGCUUGAAGAAUAAUAAAUAAAACAUGGACUUUUUCCUCCAUUUGACUCACAGUACAAUAAUGCAGAUUUAGUGAUGUAUUUUCCUUCUAUCUUAACUGAUCAAGCAGUUCUGAAUAGUUUAUUACAGUGCUUCUCAAUCUUUAAUGGACAACAAAUUACUUGGGAAUUGAUAAAUACAGAAUCUGAUUCCACACUUCUGAGAUGGGCCUGAGACUCUGCAUUUCUAACAGACUCACAGAGUGUGCUGAUACGGCUGAUCUUAGGACCACAGUAUCAGUAUACUUGGGGUAGCAGAUGUUUUCAGCAUUUCUUUUACUUUAAUAGGUUCUAAAGCAAUAGAGUUAUCAUGAAAAAUUUAAUAUACAUGAAUAAUUAAAAAAAUUUCACUUCAAACCCAUAGAAUGUACAAUAUCAAGAGUGACCCAUACUGUAAACUGUGGACUUUAGGUGAUUAUGAUGUAACAAUGAAGAUGCAUCAAUUACCACUCUGGUGGGGAUCUUCAUAAUGGGCAGGCUAUGCCUGUGUUGAGGUAGAAGGAACAUGGGAAAUCUCUGUACUGUCCCCUCGAUUUUGCCAUGAACCAUUCUAAAAAACAAAAUCAGUUUUAAAAAGUUCCUUUUCUAACAGGUUGGUAGCAGAAGUGGGAUAAGCCCUAGGCAAAGUCGUGAAGUAAACAGGUUGCUUCUCUUCUCUCUCUUUUAUAAACCUCCAUGCUUUUUCAGUUUGGUUAAGAAAUAAUAUGUACUUUUAAUUGUGAUAAAUUCACAUAACAUAAAAUUCACUUUCUUAACCAUUUUUAAGUAUACAGUGGUAUUUACAUUUCUUCACAUUAUAUGCAACCAUAACCACCCUCCUUCUCCAAAACUUUUCAUCUUGCAAAACUGAACUCUGUUACCAAUCAAAUAACUCCUUCCUCCCUCCAGCUCUUGGCAACCACCAUCCUAUGUUUUGAUUCUAUAAAUUUGAGUACUCUGUGUAUCUCAUAUAAGUGGAAUCACACUCUAUUUGUCCCUUCAUAAUUGGCUUAUCUCACUUAGAAUGUUGUCUUCAGAGUUGAUUCAUGUAGCAUAUGUCAGAAUUUCCUUUUGUUUGAAGUCAGUAAUAUUCCAUUGUGUGCAUGUACCACAUUAUGUUUAUCCCUUUAUCUGCUGAUUUACACUUGGGUUGCCUCUACCUUCUGGUUAUUGUGAGUAAUGCUGCUGUGAACAUGGGUGUACAGAAAUCUCUGCAGUCAGCCCUCGUGUCCUGAUUUCACCUUCUUUCCAUCUUCAGGAACUCUGUUUUCUUGAGUAUAAACCCCACAUUAUUUCCCCCACUCCCAGUCUGUGAACCAUCUCCAUUCCUCACCAGUGCAGCACUACUCUGCCCACAGAGGCUCCAACGUCAGUUGUGCAGCUUUUAAUGUGAGUUUAAGUGAGUGUGUUAUCACACCAUCUUUAUUCAAAACCUUAAUUCUAAUUGUGGGGUGAAAGACUUGCAUUACUUUGUAUUAAGAAACUUUCUGGAAAUGUCUUCUGGAAAGUCUUGGCAGUACUAAAGAGCAAAGAAGUGGCUGGAGGUCAAGAUGAAGUAAGAAGGAGCGUCUACAAUUCCCUGUAGAAAAAUAAAGACAUCACUUAGCAAUGAGGCUGGGUUUUCACUUGGGACUAGAAUUCUUACUGGCCCUCUUGAUUUUAUUUAUUUUUGGAUUAAGUUUCUUUGUUCCUAUUCUAGGUGUGUAAGCUUAAGCUUAUUGCCUCCUGGGGUUUAGCUUUAGGGCUGUUAGCUCUUGAGAUGCUGGAUUCUGAAGUUUAUAAAGUUUGGUUUGUGGCACCCACAUAUUUAUUUUAAUGACUGUAUCGGGCUUUUAUUAUACUCUACCACCCUCAGUUAUAUUACUUUUUUUUAAAACUUGCUUUAUCUAAAUACAUUUCCUGAAUGCUGGACAGAGACACCUGGAAAUAGAUUGGCAUCUGGUGUAAUGAUAAAUAUGUCAUCAUAAUAAUUAACAUGUUUUUAGUGCCUGCUAAUUUAUAGAGCACACUCACACUUCUCUCUUUCUAUGGAUCACAUGUAGGUCUUGUUUAGAUCCUGUUUUCAAUGAAUAAACUGAAAAAGCCAUUUUUGAUACAGUGGGAUAUGAUUGAACAUAGACUAAUAUUAAAUUCUAUUUAAGGACUUAUUGGUAACUUUAUUGUUUGUGAAAAUAUCAUGACUGUAUUUUAAAAUGUCCUUACCUAUUAGAAAUAUGUGCUAAAGUAUUUACAGGGAAAAUGUAAAUUUUCUAAGAUUUGCUUUGGAAAUACUGAAGCAUGAAGUAUUUGGGUAUAAAGAUGAAAUCUUAAUGGCAGUACAGUUCCCUUUAAUAAAAUGCCUUAACAGAAGUGAAUGCAGUAAAAUGUAGAAGCUAAGAACAGGAGGGUAUUGAAGGUCGGCUUCUCAUCUGGUUUUGACACUUCUGUGGACACCUGUCACUCUUUCUGCACAUGGGGUGAAAUCUUUCAGCCUGUCUGACCCAUGAAUUGAGAAAUAUAGCACCACUGUUAGAUUUUUUGUUUCUCAUAUAAAUUCUGUAUAAAACUGAACAAAUGGCCAUAUCAA